AUGCCCCACCCCUUUCCAUCGGCGUUCUCAUCGCCCGUGGCCACACCUUCCCCAACCAAGGAGCUCCAGUUCCCAUCACUCCCACCGUUCUCGCGUCAGACGUCCACACCCGCGUCAGCCGAAUCAAGCAGCGACGCCAUGCACAGUCAAGCACAAUCAUCGACCGCCGGCAAUGCCUCUUCCAACACACCCUUUCCCGGUGUCGCAACCGCAGUCGCCGAAUCGAGCGCACCGCGCACCUACCGUGCCCCCGACGCACGCCGCUCUUCUCGGCCGCGAUUGCGCAGCCUGCAGAGCCUCAACUCGACACCAGCAUCUCCUUCGCUCACCGAGCAAGACAGCGGUCGUGCUUUCAUCUCCACCUCCCGCUUUCACACUUCCCAUCCCAGCCUCGGCAGGGCUCCCUCACGCAAUGCCGUCGAGUCGCUCCAGCCUCUGGCCGAGUCGAGCGUAGCUGCUUACUCCAUCAUAGCAGACCGUCCACCAGCACGCUCCCCCAACUCCGCCUCUCAUCCCUGGCCCGCAUCCAAUCAUCACACGGACACCGCCGCGUUGCCGCCACGCGCGCGCCGCUCUUCCACCAGCCCAAAGCUCGACUCGGGCCUGAGCGAAUUCGGCCAGAUGGGAGCUCCCUUCUCUGCCCACGCUCCCAACCAAGGCUUCUUGCGACGCAGUCACACCAUUACAACAGGCAUUAGCUCAGCUACUCCGAGACGCGCACCAGAUGAUCCCUCAUCUCAUCGUUCUCCGCCUUCCAGCGCCAUGACUUACGGCCCCAGCAGCGGCAGGCAUGCUCCCAAACUAUCUCAACGCCGACAGACCGUCUCCAACGUGUCGCCAUCUUCGCUCGAUCGCGCGACUCCGGCACAAAUCGCCGGUGUCUCUCCUGUCCCCAGCCGCACCCUAUCCUAUGCACAGCAGCACACGCCCCAUGCUAACGGCGGCAGCGCCAUCUCGGUUUCUUCGCCCCCGAGCCGCAUCCGCGAACGUGGCACCUUGCCCAACAACCAACUCGAAGCCAAGGUCGUCAUCCUCGGCUCGCAGGGCGUCGGCAAGACCUCGCUCGUGCAUCGCUACACUUCGGGCCAGUUCAGCGUCGCCUCAACACCUUCCACCAUCGGCGCCAGCUUCUUGACCAAAAAGCUCAUCGUCGAUGCCGUAAAGGUGCGCCUGCAGCUUUGGGACACCGCAGGACAGGAGCGCUUCCGCAGCAUGGCGCCCAUGUACUACCGCGGCAGUCACGCUGCCGUGAUCGUGUACGACAUCACCUCCAUGUCGAGCUUCCUCGACGUGCGUGCUUGGAUCGAAGAGCUCAAGAAGAACAUGACCACCGACCUCGUCAUCCACGUCGUCGGCGCCAAACUCGAUCUCGCUUGGUCCCAGCGACAGGUCGAGCUCGACUACGCACGCGCCACCGUCAAGAGCUGGCUACAGCCCUACCAGACCCAGGCGAUCACCUUCCCCACGCCCGGCUUCGCCAACGACUCGGACGGCAGUCCCGGCUCGCCUACACGGCCUCCGUCACGGCUGAGCGGCCUGGGUUCCCUGGCGAUUGGAUCCGCCUCCCGCCUCGCCGCCUUCCAACGAACAUCCAGCCAGGCUGCAACUCCGUCGUCAGCCGCGGCGGGUGGACUCAAGCCCAGCAGCUUUGGCAGCAGCGGUGCUUCCAGUGGGUCCGCAGGCAGCGACACCGGCCGCGACGUCGCCGCCGACCUGGACGCGUUUGGCUUCAGCCUCUCGUGGGAUGUGGUCGAAGUAUCCGAGGUGUCGGCCAAGGAUGACCGCGGCAUCGAAGAGGUCUUUCUCGCCGUUACCAAGAAGCUCGUCGAGCGUCGCAGCCAGAUUGAGCACGACCGCGCCGAGCGCGAACGCAACAGCAUCUUUCUCUCGUCGCACGACGCUGAUCAGCUCCUCGCCGGCAGCGACCAGCCAGCUAUCACGCCCAACAGCUGGACCUGUUCUUCCGCAUCGCAUGCUCUGCUCAUCCUGUCUCGUACCGCCGUCGACAUCGCUGCGUUUCUCUGUCCCGGCCUCAUCCCUCGCACUGCUUAUACCUCUGAAUCAGCGAGUCAGACCCAAUCGGAACGCGAAGUGGAAGAACCAGCCAUGCGCCCGCUCAAUCGCGCGUACGUGGCUGCUACCAAGCUGAUCGUCGUCGCAACCGUGUCGGUAGGAUACGACUUUGAGAACGUGCGUCGCCACGACCUUGGCCAAGCAACAACUGGAACCAUGCGAGCCGCAACGAUAAGCAUCAUCAUCCGUCUGCUUGCCCCCCAUCGCCACGGGUGA